AUGGAUAACGCGGAUUUGACGGAUAGCGCGGAUUUGAUGGAUAACGCGGAUUUGGAAAAUUUAAUUGAUGAUUUAGUAUUUAAUCAAAAUUUUCUUGAUUAUUAUGAUUUAAAAGCAUAUCUCCAAAAAUAUGAUAACAAUAUAACGGGUGAUGAUAUGGGUUAUUAUUAUUAUUAUUAUAAAAAUAAAGUUUUGAAAUAUCAUGAUAGAAUAAUUUCUAAAAUUAAAGACAAAAUUAAAAAUAAUGAAUAUAAAAAGGGAAAAACUAAACCACAACUUAAACAGUUGAAAGAUUUCAAAAAUAAAGUAUUAACAGAAGAAGAUAUUGAUGAAUUAUAUAAUUUAUAUAAUCCUGAGUCACAAAAGCCAAAAGAGAAAAAGCCGAAAACAACACCAAAAGAGAAAAAGCCGAAAACAACACCAAAAGAGAAAGUAGCAAAUGUUCAACAGCCAAAGGAACAAAACACCCAGGUCCUUCAGACCAUAAAUGAAGCACAAGCUUUAAUUUAUGAUUCAUUAGUUAAACCAUAUUCAGCCCGACUUUUAAAUGAAGAUCAACUUUUGGAAUUCAUCCUUCAACAUAAACUCGAAGCGGGAAAGUAUAUCAAACCUUUAUAUACAGCAUAUUUAAAACAAAUGAACAGAAUACAUCCAGAAUUAAUGAAAGUGGGUGUCAAAUCCAAAACUUCAUCAUCCAAAAUCAAAGCAGAUAAAAUUAAACCAGUUACAACACCAAAACCUCUAACGACAGUACCUGCAACACCAAAACCGCCUCCUCCUUCAGUUAAUCCUUCAUCAUUCACUUUAUUAUAUCCAUUUCAAACAUUAAAGAAGCAAAAAGAUUUUAAAAAGGAUUUCAAGAUAUUAAAUAAACCAAUUGACCCAAAAAUUCAACCGUUAAAGAAAAAAUUCAGUCGCCCUUCAUUUGCACCAUAUCCAUAUUCAUACGAAAUCGAUCAUCUGGAAUAUUCAAAAGGAAACGUUACUUAUUUAUUCGCCAUUAACAUUAACACCAGAUAUUUAUAUUGCAUUCCGGUGAAAGGGAAAACAGAACAGGAAACAAGAAGAGCUAUUCAAUACUUACUAGAUCAUGAAAGAGUGGAUAAUAUAAGGGGUGAUGGUGAUAAAGGAUUUCAGGCAGCUAUGACUCAUUAUUUCCCACAAAUUAAUUUUUACUUCUCAUCUUCUCCAUAUACGUUUCAUAAUAAAAUAGUUGAUGUGGUAAUGAGAACUCUUAGAGAUGCGUUAGGGGUUAACGGUCAGAUAUACUGGGAUGGAAAUCAUGACUCCAUCAUACAGCAGUUAGUAUAUUAUUACAAUAAUACAUGGCAUAGAACUAUUAACAUGAAACCGGUGGAAAUGAAAAAUGAUAUUUCAAAAGAAUGGGAAUAUAUUAGAAAGCAAAUGGAAAGGUUAAAUGAUGUUAAACGUGAACAAAUUAAUUCGGGGCUCAUGAAUUUUAAACAAGGGGAUAAAGUUUUGAUUCAUCUCGAUUAUGGAAAAACUGAUAAAUUAAUGACAAAAAGAAGACGAAGAUUUGACACAAUAGCUGAAUUUGUUAGAUAUAUUAACGGCAAUGCAUUAGUUGAAGUUGACAAUAAAUUAAUAGAAAUUCCGAUUUAUUUUAUUACUCCAUUAUAUUUAAAUAAUAUUUAA